AUGCUCAAGUUCAAAAAUAAAUUCAAAUUCGGUUCCUCCGAAAAAUCCACCUCUCCCAGUGGCAAGGAGUCACCGAGAACUUCCAUGGAGUCUCGGAAAACACUUUCCGUAGAAAAUGUUACCGACCAACUUUCAAAGACUAAAAUAGAUGGUGACAAUUCCAGUUCUACAUCCACUCCAAAACCUUCGCUGCAAACCAGUUCUUCUGAAAAAGACGAUUCCCCCCAAGGUUCCGAAGGAGCAUCAAAUCCCGGGUUGUUGACGGUGAAAUUGUACUCGUCUCGUGAUCUUCAACUUCCCAUAAGAAUCAACAACAACAAGAGAAUUCUCCAAACAUUAGCUUCCAAUUCUAACCACGAGGCCACGUCGGUGCAACUCAUGAAAAACUUGGCAUCGCUUCUGGAUCUGCCGGCUACAGUAGAGGAACAUUUGUCUGGUGAAGUGGCAGGUAAUUUUUUGCCGUCAAUAAUUGCCAUACCGAACAAUGACUUGGUCAAAUCAUUGUUGUAUACCACUGUAGAGUUCGACAACAACGUUUUGGUGCUUGAGCCACAAAGAGGUACCGUCAGCAAUGCCACUUGGAACCAGGUGGUCAGCUUUGAUGUGACCAAACAGGCGAGAGCGGUGCUUAAUAUCAACAUGUUUAUCCGGUUACCGGCCAUGUUGAUAGAGGAAACUGCUCCAGACAACUUAUUCACGGGCCGCAGGUCAGAUAAUGCUGAUAAUGGCGAGGAAGGAACCAAUUCCAAAGGUGCCAAGGAUGCUGGAGAUCUUUUAAUUGGAACCAUAAAACUUCCAUUGACGCUCAGUUCCAAGCCGACUCGACUUCUCAACCAUGAGAACGUUUCUUUUGUCAACUAUCUCACCGACAAGUCGGGAAUUGGCGAGCUUGCCAUGUCGAUAGACUUCAAACCCAUCUUGAAGCCGCAUCUUUCCAUUUCAGAUUUCGAUCUUUUAAAAGUGAUUGGAAAGGGAUCGUUUGGAAAAGUUAUGCAGGUGGUCAAGAAAGAUACCAAGCAAAUAUAUGCGUUGAAAACGCUUAGAAAACAGCACAUUAUUUCCCGAAUGGAAGUCACCCAUACCCUUGCUGAACGAACCGUCCUUGCGCGGAUCCUGAAUCCAUUUAUUGUGCCGCUCAAGUUUUCGUUCCAGAGUCCCGAAAAGCUCUACCUCGUUUUGAGUUUUAUCAAUGGAGGAGAACUCUUUUGGCAUCUUCAACGGGAAGGUAGAUUUUCGAUGAACAGACUGAGAUUUUAUGUGGCUGAACUUCUUACUGCGCUUGAAAGCUUACAUGAAAUGAAUGUGAUUUACCGUGAUUUGAAACCGGAAAACAUCUUGUUGGAUUACCAAGGACACAUUGCAUUGUGUGACUUUGGGUUGUGUAAACUCAACAUGGCAGACAACGACAAGACAAACACAUUUUGUGGAACCCCAGAGUAUUUGGCCCCAGAAUUGCUCUUAAAUCAAGGUUACACUCGGAGUGUUGACUGGUGGACGCUUGGUACAUUAUUGUACGAAAUGCUUACUGGCCUUCCUCCAUUUUACGACGAGGACAUUCCUACCAUGUACCAAAAUAUUCUCAAAAAUCCUCUCAAGUUCCCAUCGUUUCUUGAAAAGACAGAUGCCCAGGACUUAUUGAUCCUGUUGUUGCAAAAAGACCCUGCCAAUAGACUCAACGAUGCUUCACAGAUCCGCGGACACCGCUUCUUCAAGGACAUUGAUUGGAAUAAGCUUUUGUCCAAAAGUUAUCUUCCACCAUUCAAGCCAAACGUUGACAAUUUGUUGGACACUUCGAACUUUGACCAAGACUUUACCAACGAAAAACCACAAGAUUCCGUGGUGGAUGACUUUUUGAGUGAAAGUGUACAGAAGCAGUUUGGUGGAUGGACAUACAACGGAGACAACUUGCUCAAUUAA